AUUAGAUUACUCGUCCCGGUUGAAUCUACGCCGCUGAGCUCAAACAAAAAUAUCAACAGGCAACUUUUGCUAGUGUUUAAAAAGUUCGUCUCUCUAAUUAAAAGUUAAAAAAUUUGUAAUUCAAUUAAGAAAAUUCUUAUUGUUAUUCCUUACGAUGAGUGAUAGACAUAAAAGUCGUGGUGGUGAAAGAAGACACCGGUCUAGAAGUCGAUCUCCUUCAGUUCGUGAAGAUUGGAGAAACGUGCGGGUCAAAGAAGAGCCCUUAAGUGAUGUUGAGGGCCGUUCCUCAUCAAGUCAUCGAAGGUCACACCCAUCUCCUCCUCGAAGAAGAGACCAUGACCAUCGGGAAAGUGGGCGCAGGAGGUCACCACCACCGACGAGACCAAGGUCAAGAAGUCGUGAACGUGGCGGCGGCGGAGGAAGUCGGGGAGAUAACUAUCGUGGAGGUGACCGAGAUCGCGACCGUGGCGAAAGAAAUGAGCGACCAAGAUCUCACAUUAAGACGGAACCAAGGAGUAGAAGCAGGAGUCCACCUGGGGAAUUUACAAGACCACACCCACGUCACCACCACCCCCGAGACGAUCACAAUAAUCGAGGAGAUCGCCGAAGACCGUCGAAUGACCAACAACGCUCAAGCGACAGUAGACGCUCACCCCCACAACAAAGGGACAUAAAAAGGGAAAAGGACUGGGAUAAUUUCUUUAACCCUUCGAGUGACAUGUCUCGCCAAGCGCUUGUUAAACGGGAAGAGAACGAAAACGAACGAGGCGAACGGCUCGAAGAACUUGACAAGGAUGGAAAUAAAAAGGAAGAAAACAUUGAAAAGGAAAAGCCAAACUUUGGAUUAUCCGGAAAACUUACCGAGGAGACAAACACUUAUCGUGGCGUAGUGAUAAAAUAUAGUGAACCUCCCGAAGCUAGAAAACCUAUAAAGACUCGAUGGAGAUUAUACCCAUUUAAGGAUGGAGAAGCACUCGAAGUAAUGUAUAUUCAUCGCCAAAGUGCAUAUCUGUUGGGGCGUGAGAGAAAAAUUGCAGAUAUUCCGAUUGACCAUCCAUCCUGCUCGAAACAACAUGCUGUGAUUCAGUACAGACUCGUUCCAUACGAGAAACCUAACGGAAUGAAGGGGAGGAGGAUACGACCUUACCUUCUCGACUUGGAGAGUGCCAAUGGGACAUUAGUUAAUGGGAAGAAGAUAGAACCUAAACGAUAUGUCGAACUAUUUGAGAAAGACGUACUAAAAUUCGGAUUUAGUUCGAGAGAGUACGUGUUGUUGCAUGAGCACAGUAAGGACGAUUCACCUUUAGAUGAUGAUGGCUACGAUAAGUCCCCCAGUCCAGAUUAGUAGUUUAGUAAUAAAUAGUAACUAUUUUUUACUAUUAAAUUGCGUUCAAGACGUACAUUUUUUUAUUGAUUUUAAUCCUACUCCUCAUAAUUUUUUAUUAAUAAAUAUCAAGAUCAAAGUUCAA